ACUACCUUCCCUGCCCCCUGCCGACACCCUCCCCUUCCAACCCUUCUUGGCCUCUGUCCUGAGCUGCUUCUUGGUCUUAGGUACCCGGAACUCUCUGCCUGGUUCUGUCGCUAGUGACUCGCUACUCCCUGCUGCGGGAGCUCCACUGCAAGGACGCGGGGGUCCAGGAACCUGAAAUGGGUUCUGUAUCAUUUGAGGACAUCUCUUUGGAUUUCACCUGGGAUGAGUGGCAGGAUCUUGAUGCUGCUCAGAGGGCACUCUACAGGGAUGUGAUGCUCGAGAACUACAGCAGCCUCAUGUUCUUGGGGUACUGCAUGUCCAAACCCGAGUUGAUCUUCAAGUUGGAGCAUGGAUAUGGGCCAUGGAGUGUAGCCGAAGCCUCUAUCCAGAGCCUUCCAGGUGUUCAUAAAGUGACUGCCCCAAUUGAGAACCACCAGGAAUAUCACACGGAACUUUUGUGGCAAGUUGAAAUCACCAACAGCCAGACAUCAAAUGAAGAAAUUGUUGAAGCAGAACUGAACAUGACACAGAAAAUCUACCCAGGGACAACAUCUUACGAAGGGAAAGGAUGUGCGAAGAAGUUCUGCCAGCAGUCACAGCCCACGAGGGAUCAGAGGACACACGCGUGUAAGAAAAGCUUCAUGUAUAAGUCCCUUCUCAGUGAAUGUAAGGGACUUAAAGAGGAGGCACCCUAUGCACAUAGCCAGUGCAGGAAUGCAUUCUCUUGGAAGUCAUACCUCACCGAACGUCAGAGAAAUCCUACCGGUGAGAAGCCAUAUGAGAGUUCAGGUUGUGGGAAAGCUUCGCACACCAAGUCUCAGCGUCAGAUCAGUCAUCCAGAUGAGAAGCCCUACAAAUGCCUGGAAUGUGGGAAGUAUUUCUACUACAAGUCUCAAAUCACUGAACACCAGAGAAGUCAUACCGGCGAGAAGCCUUAUGAGUGUACAGAAUGCGGAAAAUCGUUCAGCUAUAAGUCACAUCUCACUGUGCAUCAGAGAAGUCAUACAGGGGAGAAGCCACAUGAAUGUGCAGAGUGUAGGAAAGUUUUUUACUAUAAGUCACAACUCACUCGACACCAGAGGAGCCAUACAGGGGAGAAGCCCUAUGGAUGUUUGAAGUGUGGAAAAUCUUUCUACUGUAACACACACCUUUCUCUGCAUCAGAGAAUUCAUGUAAGUGAGAAACCUUACGAGUGUACGGAAUGUGGCAAAGCUUUCUCUUUCAGUGCGUGCCUCACUCGGCAUCAGAAGACUCAUACAGACGAGAAGCCAUUUGAGUGUACACAGUGCCCCAAAGCUUUCUACUUUAAGAAACAGCUUACUCAUCAUCUGAAGACACAUACUGCUGAGAGGCGCUUUGAAUGUAAACAGUGUGGAAAAGCGUUCUACUGGAGGUCUAACCUUACUUUGCAUCAGAAAACUCAUACUGGGGAGAAGCCUUAUGAAUGUAAACAAUGUGGAAAAGCAUUUUACUGCAAGUCCCACCUCACUGUACAUCAGAGAACGCAUAUAAGUGACAAGCUCUACCAAUGCACAGACUGUAAGAAAGCAUUCUAUUCUCAGGCACAGCUUACUGUUCAUCAGAAGACUCACACUGAUGAGAAGCCCUAUGAAUGCAAGCAGUGUGGGAAAGCCUUCUACAGCAAGUCUGGGCUUACUGCACAUCAGAAAACUCAUACAGGUGAGAAGCCCUACGAAUGUAAACAGUGUGGAAAAGCCUUCUAUAACAAGUAUUUGCUCAUUGAGCAUUACCGAGUUCAUACAGGGGAGAAGCCCUAUCAAUGCACAGAAUGCAAGAAGGCAUUCUACUGCAAGAAAUACCUUUCUCUGCAUCAGAAAACUCAUGCAAGUGAGAAGUCAUUUCAUUGUGCAGAAUGUGGGAAAGCUUUUUCCUGGAUGUCACACCUCACUCAGCACCAGAGAAUUCAUACGGGUGAAAAGCCCUACACGUGUGAACAAUGUAGGAAAGCUUACUACUUCAAGAAACAACUCACUCGACAUCAGAGAACUCACGCGCAUGAGACGUCAUUAGAUGCAAAUAAUGCAGGACAUGUCACAGCAAAUCCUCCUUCUCUGUGCGUGAAAGAACUUAUACAAAGGAGAAACCCUGUAAGUGUAUCCAAUGCAGACGUUCUUCCUCAUGUCACACCUCACUCAGUGGCAGAUGAGAAAGCCUAGGAGUGUAACGAAUCCGUGAAAUCUCACCCAAGUGUAUAAUCAGAACACUUGCAGGUGAGAAUCUGAUUACUGGGAAAACUCUGGGAAGUUCCUGGUGUAAGUCAGCUGUUACUCUACCAGUGAACGCAUACCACAGUGAGACACAUGACUGCGAAGAUUGUUGGAAGGCAUGGUACCACAGUGCUCUUUGUAAGAGAAGCCAUACAUGGGAAUGUCUCUUAUUAAUUUAAAACAUGUAGAAAAGCUGUGUCGUUCUUCAGCUGAAUUGUGUAGAUUGUAGGUGAGUAACAUUGGAUGUAAAGAACAGAGGAAAACUUAACAACAUUAAGUUCCAUGAAUUCACACCUGGAAACUUAUGUAGGUGUGGGGCCCAAUGAAAUUAAUAAAAAUAGAUAUGUUUUGAAAUAGAAGUCAGGCCUCUACAUUAGAAACUUCAUGUGUGAUAUGCCAGGUACAGCAAAAAUUGUAGUGAGGUGUAUACUAUAUGCUUUCAAGUCUAGAUCAUCAUCCUGCAGGUUUAUUCACACACAGUAAUUGAAGACUAGCCUUAGCAACAUACAGCAUCAUUCCAUGUGUUUAAAAAGCAAUAAAGCCUUCUUGAAGUGUCCCAUGUCAGGUAAUGAAUUUAUUGCAACCUUUGUGUUUAAGACCCCAAGAAUAUGAAGAGUACCAAAACUUUGGAAUUGAACUUAAAAUUCAUCUGGCAUCAGAAACCCAAUAGAGAUGAUUAAGCAGAGGAGUCCAAUUUGAAAACACUUUAGUAGUCCAGCUGAGUUUAUUACAAAGAUUCCCCAACAAAGCAUAGAUGAAAGGAUUCUAGAACAGGCAUUCAGCCAUGUUACCACAGCACCAGCCAUCAGUUAACACAUGGAAGUGAGAGCACAUUUGAAGUUUAAACAUUAACUUGUUUAAAUGUGGCUCAGUGGCAGUAUGCAUAUGAGUCUUGUACUGUAUGUACAUCUUCACAUAGACGUUGUCAUGUGUUAUCUUGAUUUAGAAUAUUUACAUUCAUGGGGCAUUUGGAAAUCAGUCAAAAUUGUCUACAAGUUUUAAUGUCUCAUCAGACAUGAACAUUUUGAUGCUUUUUUGACAUUUUGAUGUCAUAUUUUUAUAGUUGUUUAGUUUUGAGACAAAAUCUUGAUUUGAAGCUUGAGUGUCCUCUGGCUUCUCCAUGUGCAUAGUUACGGACCAAUACAGAUGCAUACAGGACAUGAGCAUACAGUAGAAAAAUACCAAUUUUUUAUACAUUAGGAAAUUGUAUAGCCAAACAUCAGUAUAUGCAAUUUUCACGUUAAUUUUCAAAUGAUGUAACAUAAUAAUGUUCCUUGCCAAUAACAAUUAGGCAACUUUUUUCUUUUUUUUGUUUUGUUUUUUGUUUUUCAAGGCAGGGCUUUUCUGUAGCUUUGGAGCCUGUCCUAGAACUAGCUCUUGUAGACUAGGUUGGCCUCGAACUCACAGAGAUCCGCCUGCCUCUGCCUCCUGAAUGCUGGGAUUAAAGGUGUGCGCCACCACCACUUAUUUUAUUUUUCAGGUUUUGUUCUCCAUUAUAAUGUAUUGGAUCAAAACUACAAUCAGGAAUUCUAGGCAAGUGCUGUAUCCUGAGCUGUAGGCCCCAGGCAAUGUUUUGAUGAAUUUGUUGUUAUCACCGGAACUUUGUAGUUGAAACUAAUCUAUUAAAGGCCAUACAUACAUACAUACAUACAUACAUACAUAAAUAUCUGUACUUUCUGGAUAGUAGGCUUUAUUUCCUUGAGUUCCUUUAGCAUAACCACAUAGAAUAUGUGAAGUUUGUCUAUAAAUAUAGCAGCUGAAGGUCAGAGUAUACCUUAGUAAUAAGGCAUAUGUCUCUGCAAGUACACUGUGUAACUAAUCCCCAGCACAAAGAACACAGACAGAUUUAAAGAUAGGAAGCAUAAUACAAAGAGAAGGUACCAGAUUUAUUCUUCAAUGUCCUGUCUUUGUGACCUUUUCCAACUGUGUUACACAUUCUAAAGUUUAAAAUACUUCCCCAAAUAGUAUCACAAUUUGAAGAUCAAACACUCAGGACAUAAACAUUAGGUAGACAUUCCAUGUAGCUGCACAGCAGUGUCCCCAAAUUGUUAAAUUACAUAAUAUUUUAAAGAAGCCUAGGAGACUUCUAUUAAAGCAAAUACAAUUAAAACCAGUAAACCCAAAGAUAAAAUAUAUAAAGCAUUUAGAAAUAAAUAACAUUUUAAUUAGAAAAAUUUGCACAGUAGAUAACAUCAUAAAAAUGAGAGGCACAAUAUCAGUGAACUAGCUUUUAAGUAGAGAAGGAAAAUUAAAAAUCAGAUACUGAGUUUUGUGUUUAGCAGAGUAGACUUUAAAGAGCUGAGUAGAGGACAUAAUGUAAUUCAAGUUAUAUAUGAUUUUCACAAAAAAUAAAUUGGAAAUAUGAAGUGUU